AACAUUCUCACACCAAACUGCCUCAUAUGCAGCAGGCUCAAUUCUCAGGGGAUUCGAUCCAGUUGAGUACAUCUCUCUCCUGUUCCAUAGGGUAGGGUCUGUUCUGUCCACCUGCACUUCGUUAGAGAACAGUGUGUUCACACGCCAUACCACAAGAACCCACAGUGACAUAACUCCGGCCAGAGACUGGCGUGACUGGGCUGGUUCCCCCACCCCCUCCUCAGCUCUUGUAUCACUGAGAGUCUGGCAGCUAGUUCCACCCUGACAGAGUUCACAGCAUAUAUUAGUGGAUCCUUGUUCUCAGUGCGUCUGUUUAAGGAAUUAACGGAAGCAGUGUCAAGAGUAAGGACUCUAAGUACUUGCUGAAAAUGAAUAUGUGUGCAUUUGCUCUUGUCCUGGCAUUAAUCUGUGGUGUCAGCGGCCAAUAUUAUGAUUAUGAUGCCCCUCUCUUCAUGUAUGGGCAAUUAUCACCCAACUGUGCACCAGAAUGUAACUGCCCCCACAGCUACCCAACUGCCAUGUACUGUGAUGAUCUGAAGCUGAAGAGUGUCCCCAUGGUGCCUCCUGGCAUCAAGUACCUUUACCUGAGGAAUAACCAGAUAGAUCACAUUGACGAAAAGGCUUUUGAGAAUGUAACUGAUCUGCAGUGGCUCAUUCUAGAUCACAACCUUCUAGAAAACUCCAAGAUAAAAGGAAAAGUUUUCUCAAAGCUGAAACAACUGAAGAAACUGCAUAUAAACUACAACAACCUGACAGAGUCAGUGGGUCCACUUCCAAAGUCCCUGCAGGACCUGCAGCUCACUCAUAAUAAAAUAAGCAAGCUCGGGUCCUUCGAGGGGCUGGCAAACCUGACCUUCAUUCACCUUCAAUACAACCAGCUCAAAGAGGAUGCUGUGUCUGCCUCUCUGAAAGGCCUGAAAUCACUAGAGUACCUUGACCUGAGCUUCAAUCAAAUUGCUAAGCUUCCUUCUGGCCUCCCAGCCUCUCUUCUAACUCUCUACCUAGACAGUAAUAAGAUCAGCAACAUCCCAGAUGAGUAUUUCAAGCGCUUUACUGGGCUACAGUAUCUGCGUUUAUCCCACAAUCAACUGGCUGAUAGUGGAGUACCUGGAAACUCAUUUAAUAUAUCAUCCUUGCUCGAAUUGGAUCUCUCCUAUAAUAAGCUUAAAAGCAUACCAACUGUUAAUGAAAACCUUGAAAACUACUACCUGGAGGUCAAUGAACUCGAAAAGUUUGAUGUCAAGAGUUUCUGUAAGAUCCUGGGACCACUAUCUUACUCCAAGAUCAAGCAUUUGCGCUUGGAUGGCAAUCCCCUCACCCAAAGCAAUCUGCCCCCUGACAUGUAUGAGUGUCUACGUGUAGCAAAUGAAAUCAAUAUUAAUUAACAUCUUCUCAUCACAAUCCAUUGGAGUAUGGUCUGGAGCAAUACUUCAUGGUUACAUAUUUUGGGGAUAUGUGUAAAGUUUUCACAAUAUUCUUUUGUUGAUUUUUGUUGCUAUUACUUCAUGGAUUUUAACUGGUGAAGGAAAUGUUUUUGAACAUUUACCACUUUUUAAUGAAAGAUGAAAAGCCGGCCUAUUUCAUCCUGAUAACAGACACACAGACAUUAAACUUAGUUCUUUACUCGUAAAUAUACUGUUUUCUAAAGCUCUGUUUUCAAAUGAUAUGAAGCCUCUUCUCUGAUUGCUUGGAAAUAAGCCAAGUUUUUAUGGUCCCUACAUUUUAAUUUAAUGACCCCCAAAAGAGGAAAUAAAUAUGCAUGGAUGUUGUUAUCCUAAUCCAAAUUGUCAAAUUAUCGUGUUAUAUUCAAAUUUGUUUUGCUGAAAUAUAAAUUCAGUAUUUUAAUACCAAUAAUUUUCAAUUACACCAUAGAAAAUUUAUGAAACUACAUCCACUUUAGUACUGAACAUUUGCAUAGUUACUUAAUGAAACUUUUCUUGAAUCAUUUUUCUCUGUCAUGUGUAUGUUUCUUUUUGAUUAUUUGCAUGUUAUGAUUAACAAGCUAAUAGCAAAAUAAAACAUUGCAAAUGGCAUCAUGGUGUUAAUUCUUGUGAAAACCAUAUCUCUCAAAAAGCACAUAGAGGAAGCCAGUCACCUUCUAAGACAGCCCUAAUCUGUAAUAUUUCACUUGUGUGAUCAUAAGGUUUUUUACACUUUGGCUGAUUCUAACAUCUACAUACAAUGAAAUACCAAACCAAUUUCAUAAAAUCCAGUUAGAUCUCACACUUCUUGGAUAUUGUUGAUAUUUCCAUUCUUGUUUUUUUUUUUUCACAAGAAUGUACAUUGCGACCCUAUUGAAGAAAGUAUGUAAAAUCUUAGUAGUCACUGCUGAAUUCUUAAGUGAAAAUGGUGAUAC